GACAGCCCACUCGUGCUGCUAUACUGUAAUCAUAUGAUAGGGACUCGAUCCCCGCUGCAGAAUACCGACACACCGGGCGGACACAAACGGAGGAGCCGCUACGGAGGACACUAGUUGACGGUAGAUUUGAAGCCGUUAAAGAAGUGCGUGGAGUCCGUUAAAGUGUCGCCUGAAGUGUCAAACAGAGCCAAACUCCCCUCAUAAAGGAACUUUUUCAAACUCUGGAGAGAGUCGGACAGAGGGGGGGACCGUUUGGAAGAAGAGAGGGCACACAUACGAAACGUUAACCGAAGGACAGUCGAUUUAACCGGAGCUGAGAUUUGAGUUUGAUCGGCUACAGAGGCGGUCAGCGGGUCGCUGCCGGUGGAAUCCCCAGGGGUCCUCGCAUCGCUUGUCGGGGCGUGUCUUUUAACAUUUUCCCCAUAAGUUUUUCGACUAGCUAGGUCACUUUAUUGCAGAAGCAUAAGCCAUGGUCGGGGAGACAGAGGUGAAGGAGAGACCCAAGUCCAACCCGGACUAUCUAAUGCAGCUGAUGAACGACAGGAAGGUGAUGAGCUCCCUGCCCAACUUCAGCGGCAUCUUCACGCAUCUGGAGCGGCUGCUGGAUGAAGAAAUUGGCAGGGUACGCAAGGACAUGUACAACGACACAGUGAAUGGUGGCAUGUUCAACGGGCGGGACAUGGAGGAGCUUCCCGAAGCUAUCGGCCCCGUGGCUCAGCUGCAGGAGAAACUCUACGUGCCGGUCAAAGAGUACCCAGAUUUUAACUUUGUAGGGAGGAUCCUGGGCCCACGUGGACUGACGGCCAAACAACUGGAGGCAGAGACCGGCUGCAAGAUUAUGGUGCGAGGAAAGGGCUCCAUGAGAGACAAGAAGAAGGAGGAGAUGAACCGAGGGAAGCCCAACUGGGAGCACCUCAGUGAGGACCUCCACGUUUUGAUCACAGUGGAGGACACACACAACCGGGCCAAGAUCAAACUCCAGCGGGCCAUCAACGAGGUCAAGAAACUUCUCGUGCCCGCUGCUGAGGGGGAGGACAACCUGAAGAAAAUGCAGUUAAUGGAGCUGGCCAUUCUCAACGGGACGUACAGAGAUGCCAAUGUCAAGACGCCCACUGCCGCCUUCCCUCUAGCGACCCCUCAGGCACCUCGGAUCAUCACAGGCCCGACACCCGUCCUGCCUCCCAGCCUGCGCAACCCUGCCCCCGUCAACACGCCGACCCUCAUGCCUCUGAUCCGUCAGAUCCAGAGCUCAGCCCUCGUGCAGGGCGGCAAUCCGCACCCAGCGCUGGUGCAGCAAGGGCCCGAAUCCGGAAUCAUCUACACGCCCUACGAGUAUCCUUACACACUCACGCCCUCCAUAUUGGAAUACCCGAUUGACUCAACUGGAGUUUUAGUCCCUUCUCCCUGUGUUUUUGCAGCAGGUGCCAUGACCACUAAGGUACGACGCCACGACAAGAGAAUCCAUCCUUACCAAAGGGUAGUGACCCCAGACAGAGCUGCCACGGCAACUAACCCAUGACCCCUUGACCUUCUGACCUUUCCGCCCACUGAUGACCCACCCAUCUCUGCUCGCUGGCGUGCUCAUUGGCCCACGGCCCUGCCACUCCCCCAGCUCAGCCAACCAGACCAGCACAUUGGGAACAACCCGGCUGCUUCUGUCUAACCAACCACCCAGACGACAGCGAUCAUGGGAGUAAACCUCAGGACUCCGCCCAUCAAGUCCUAACCUAAACUUUACCAAACGUGCCUUCCUUCCAAAAGUCCAAAGCCAGUCUGAGAAUGUUGACUGCCCAUCGACAGUCGAAAUCCCAAUCUGUAACAGAUGUUGCCAUGCAAAACCAGUAGACUUUACUGGGGACAGGCCCCAAACUAGUGAAGGGCUCCUAAACCAAUCCCUGGCUGUGCCAAACUGUCUCCCUGAGCUGCCGUACCCUCAGUCCAUGUGAUGCAAUAAUAAUGACUAUUAAUAACAUGGUAACUAUACUGAUAAUGAUGGUAACUGUACUUACAGAAACCUUCCAUAAACACUAAACUAAAAGAGAUAUGUUGAUAUUUUGAAGCAUUUUUUCCUCAUUGGGCACCUCUUACUUACUUAACAUGGGAAACUUUUAUACACACUCUUUAAAGGAAUUGCUUCUUUUUGGGGCCAACAUACAUUAAUUUCAUUAUAACAUCACUGGUGUUAAAAUAUUCACAUAUUAACACGCUUUCCCUUGAAAUGUAACACCAAUGUGUGGUUCCAAUGACGUGUUUAAAAUGUCACUUUCUUUUUUGAAAGAGCAUAUUAUCUUGUGCUUCUUUCCCCAGAGGUAGUGUGAUUUCCAUUUCUCCUUGACCCAUUUGAACGAGGAAUACUAAAAAAAAAGCCGUUCAGUGAAGUAAAAUGCCAGCACAGAAGCUUUUUCACCAUAAAUCAACAGGUGCUCAGUGAGGAAAAAUAACAAACUGGAAUCCAAAAUGCCAAAGUAUCUCUGAGUUUUUCUAAUUAGGUAAAGCAUCUGAGUCAAUACUGAUACAACAUAUACAGCAUAAAUGCCAAGCAUGUACAGUACAGAUACACACACAGAGGGAAGGUUGCACUUCUUUUGUCUAAAUCUAGAGGACUUACGCAACAAUGCCUUUGCCUUUUUCACACUACAGUAUUGUAUGAGCUUGAACAGCAGUGCCUUUAUUUAUUGAGAACGGUGGAACAUUGUUAGACCUAAAUCUUUUACUACUACAUCGUGGGUUUGUACCCAGCAUGAAAUUAUGUCAUUUGGGUUUAUGCAGAUUCAUUAGGACUGCAGGAAAUGUGUCACAGCCUAAUUGUCAUCAUCUGUAUUUUAUGGCUUUACAUCCAUAACUCUUCUCAAUUCAGAUUUGAGUGCCAAAAAAAAAAAAAAAAAAAGUGGCUCAUUUGAAUUGGAAGUGCAAUGCAGUAUUGAAGCAGCAGCUACAAUGUCUGAGAUGUUUAUGUGAGGUUCGGAUACCUCGAGAACAGUGUUAUAUUUUAUAAUUUUUUUGUUUGUUUGAUUGAUUGUUUUGUUGGAGAUGAAGUCGUCCAUAUAUAUAUUUUUGCAUGAGUAUCCGCUUUCUCAGAGGGCGUGGUACAGUUUUACUCACACACACACACACACACACACACACAAACCAACCGAUGCCUUGACACAAAAAAAAAAUCAUGGAGUCAUAACAUCUGUAACAAGUUUAUAAUGUAUUUUUCUAUUCUAUUUUGUACUUGAAAAUAACAUUAAAUGACCUUUUCAGAUAAGAACAUUAUGCCUUAUUACGGAGAAACGUUUGAUGAACAUAACUAUCCUUCAUGUGUCAUUAGUAAUCAUGUCUCUAUGUCCUGAUAUACUGGAGUCUCUGAGUUCUCUGUAUUAACUUCAGAUCAGCAUUGCUUGCCUUCUGUGCCUUUUGUAUACUAUGAGUGUGACCAUUAACAGUGUAGUACAUUAAUCUACUCUUAAGUGCCAAGUGUAGGUUACUAACUGUUACCACUUCUGUGAUUAUUAACCACUUUAAUGGGAUCUGUCUCUGCUUUGGAUUCCUUUUAAAAAAGUUACACGUGUGUCUAAAAAAUGAAAAACAAAAACAAAGAUAUGUGUUUGAACAAUGAACUUUUAACUUUUAAAGUAUUUUGAGCAGGAAUAACUCUUUGUACACUAUUAAACUCUUAGUUGUAAAACUAA